AUGAGACUCCUCAACAAGAUCCGGAUUGUCAUUUGCACAUUCCUGAUCUUGAUAGCUUGCAGUGCGGCUUCCACCUCUCCCUCACUAGAACAUUCCAAUCCCCAGACAUACGAUGGCCCCUGUCCAGCAUCGUGUGUUUGCACACUGGAGGACUCUUUGCAUUUGGAGUGUCACAACUCCCAGACAAAGGCUAUUGGGUUGCCCCCAGAAGCCGGCUUCAUAUCAUACAAUUUCAUGACACAUGACGACUUCCAUAGACCAGCCAUAACAAGAGCUACCUCAGUACGACAUCUAGCCUGGCGGCACAGUCGCAUUACUACAGUAACUGAGGAACUCUUUUCUAAUUUACAUAAUCUAACCCACCUGGAUCUCAGCCAUAAUCAAAUUGCAACGAUAGAUGAGGCAGCUUUGCAGCAUUUGACUUCCCUCAGGUCAAUAAACAUUUCUAAUAAUGCUAUAAACUUUCUACCACAUGGCUUGUUUUUGAACAACCACCAUUUAAAUGAGGUGUACGUAGCAAACAACUAUAUACAAUCUGUCCCUUUCCACGCCCUAGCUCCAUUGAAAGAACUUCGGGUUUUAGACCUCUCUUAUAAUAGAUUAAAUGAAAUUCAAGAUGAUAUAUUUGUGCUUAAUCGGAAAGUGCAUUCAAUACUAUUGCACAGUAAUCUAAUAUCUAGGUUGUCAGAACGAACAUUUCAUCAUCUUUAUGAUCUCAAGUCAUUAAACCUAGUCAACAAUUCUUUGACAGAGCUGCCAAAAAAUCUGUUUAAAGAUCUAGUAAAAUUGACGUACUUAAAUUUGGCAAGCAAUUCUAUCCAUACAUUGCUCCCUGAUGCAUACAAAGGUCUAGUGCAAUUGAGAUGGCUUAAUAUAAGUGACAAUCCUCUGUCAGUUUUGCCAGCUAGAAUUUUUCAAUAUUCACCUCAGUUGGAAACAUUGUGGAUUGAUACAACCAACAUAGAAGUUGUAGAAAAACACACUUUUAAUGGGCUAAGAAAUCUAAAAGAAUUAAGUAUGAAGGACAACAUGCACUUGGAGGAUCUUGAAGACAAAAUGUUCGAUGAUAUUAAAAAAUUAAAUUAUCUUGACUUGAGCAGAAAUAAUCUGACAACUCUUCCCCACUCUCUAGGAACUUUAAAAAAUUUAACUAAUUUAAACAUUAGUCAGAACCCUUGGAUGUGUGACUGUCGUAUGGUCUGGUUCCCUUCAUGGCUGGAACCUAAGAAAAAUAUGACCUUUGAAAGAUCAAAUCUACGCUGUGCUAGUACCCUCUUCUCACUUAGAGGGCUGAGUUUAGUACCUACAUUGCGGGGCUUGGAUUGCAAACCACCUGAACUAAUUUUCUCCACCUCAUCAGAAAAAUAUAUUUUGAAGUCAACUGCUCUCCUUCAAUGUAUCUAUUCAGGUUACCCUCCUCCAUCAAUAACAUGGCUUACACCAAAUGGACUGACUUUUCACUGGAAUCCCAAUGUGGCAUUGCCUGACGAAUUUGCUAAACACCCAACCGCACACUACUCCGACAUGUCCCCCGUCGAACUGACCCCACACAAAUUUCAUGUGACUGAGAAUGGAAGUCUGCACAUAGUCAACAUCACUAGGGCAGAUGCAGGGCUGUACACCUGCUUUGCUUCAAAUCCAAUGGCCAACGCAACAAACUACAUCAGGCUGAUGAUUGACCCCAUUACCAUGCAUGAGGAGAAACUCAUCAGCAUCGCUGUGGGCAUGGUGACUGCACUAUUAUUCCUGGGGAUCAGUCUCCUAGUCAACCUUUUCAGACGAUUCAUUCAUAUAUUUGCAUGCUUUGCCUGCUGCAAGAAAGACCAAGUCUCACCAAAAGGAAGGCAGGUGUACCAGAUGAUGGAGAGUAUAGAAACUUACAAGACCCAGCAGCUGGAUAAAUUGAAAGAAAACUACACCAGUCAGGUUCAUAGGAUAAAAGAAAACUGCGCACAACAGGUAGAAUGGAUCAGAGAAAGCUACCAAAGUCAAAUGCAGCACCUAAAAGACUUCAGGGACUUUGGGACUAGUCAUCUGACAUCAAUGAGGGAUCAGUACUGUGAUCAGAUUAAGAGAGUGAGAGAGUAUUCUGCCAGCCAACUGAAUUGGGUGAAGGAAAAUUAUGUGUUCCAACGAAAUCGAAUAAGAAAGUUCAGUUCUCACCAAAUUCUGCGGUUCCGUGAAUCUUACAAAUACCAACAAGCAACGCUCGGCAAACUCAUGGAGACACUGCCCAGCUUGUAUCUGGAUAACUGUCGCAAUGGAUCAUGUGGCAAGACAGAGUCUGGUGUCUUUGAAGUGGAUAUCAACCAAAUAGACAUGUAUAUGAAGGCCAAUGGCAUGUUCCCUGGCAUGUCAACGGGAGAAGGAUGUGCUGAUGACAACCUCAGCCGCCUUUCAAUCUACUACACCCCCUCAGAGAUAUCCGAGCUUCAAGAUCCAAGCCUAGAGCCACUCAAGUCACCAUACUUCUCACCAAUGUCUCGUUCAUCCAGCAAGCAGCCCAACUUCCGGUUUGGAUUUCCCCCAACCACAAGUGAAAACCAGAGAGCAGUGUUCCAGAGUUUAGAAAAGACUUUAGAAAGACAAUUACGUGAUUACAUCACUCGAGAGCAUCAAGUUCAAGAGGCUGCACCAUCGGCACUUGUUCCCAGUUCAAGUCUUCCUGAGAUAAAGCAAGCGGUUCCAGGUAAAGGGAAGAGCAGAAGAGCCCAUUACCGGAGUGCCAGUACGGGGGGUGUCAAGUCAGUGACCAGUGAUACUAGCAUAUCAAGGCAGAUACCAGGGAAACACAGUGUCAAGGGUAAGCAUGUGGCGAACAAUGCUGUCAACAAUGCUGUCAACAGUGCUGCAGAUUACUCCUGCCAAAAUGGUCACGCUGUGGCCAUUCAAAAGUUGACAGAGGUUGACAAUGGCCAUGCUGUGGCCGUACAUGAUAGGCCAACAGAAAUCGACCAGGACACGUGUCGAAUAAAUAUGGAUCAGGAGCCAGAAAUUAACUGUUCGCCAUCACAUGCUGCCCAUGAGACUGCCCUAUAGUGAGUGCCAAUAACUUGAUUUAAAUUAAAUUCAGCUGUGAUAUUAUAAACAUAUGGGUUAAAAUGUGUGAGAAUACAAGUUUGUGAUUAUUAAAUCAAGUUAUUCCUUACAACAUGUUUCCUCCAGUAAGCUCAAAUAUUGAGUAGAAGUCUGACAUGAAAAAUGAUAUAACUGUGUGAUAGGGAAUAGGAUACCUUCUGUUAACUGUGUUAAGACAGAAAUUCCCUACAUGGAGAGAUGCUUUAAAACAGAAAAGGAAAAAAAUUCCAUAUUAGAAGAUUUAACUAUCCAAGGAUAGUGACAGAAAGUUGUGGCAUACAUCAGGCAGCCUGCAGUGAUGACACAAAUUUAGGAGAAAGUAGGUUGAAGCUGAAACCUUGAGAGCUAAAUGAGAGCUAAACAAAUAUGCAAUAGGAGCAUAUAGGCCUUCAGGCUGAUUUUAACCUACCAAUAAAGUAGCAUUAGAGUUCAAUUACAAUACCUUCUUGUCCUUAAGGUACUGGGUAGAAUUGUGAUAAUUAUUGUUUUGUUAUUUCUAUCUUUUGAACAAGCAAAAAACCAACAUGGAGUUAACCAAUAUUAACCUCAUGUUACUGAACAAUAUGAAACUGUUGCCCUUGCAUCUGCUUCCAUGUAGAAGUUUCUUAAAUCAAAGACUUGUGUUGAGCAAAUCUAGAAAUGAGGAGUAUUUGCAUGUUUUUAAAGUUAAGAUUUUAGUAGUAAUAUGAGAUAAGCUAUUAUCAGUAUAGAAAUGAGUACCUGUUCCAAAGUGUCCUGCUGUAGCAGUUGAAAGGCUCUGGACAUACAAUUUGAAGAACAUCGAGAUAAAAUUGUUAAGAAGAACCUUCAAUAAAAUUUUAAAUAUCAAACUUCAUAUUGUUAUCAAAAAUUGUUUACUGUUUGAUGUGUUGUAAAACUGCUAGACAACUUGAGACUUGCCUUAAUAGUGGGAUCAGUUUAUAUUUUUUAAAAAAAGAGGGAAAAGACAAUGGAACAUACAAUUGGAGCAAAAGGUGCUGAAAAUUCAGUGCAAAUAUUAAUGCUUCAAUAAUCACUUCCUUGGACUUGGCUUCUAGAUCUACCAGUAGUUCAAUAUGAGAUGUCUAAUCCUUCACUAAAUUUUACCAUAUUGAUAUUCAAUUAAUUGUAUUUAGAUUUUUUUAAAUAAUAACUGAUCACGAGAGUCAUUAUUGUAAGAGGAAGUUGACUGUUUCCAUAAAUACUUGUUGAAGAUUUAGCUUUGUGUGAUAAGGAUAUUUGAUUUGAAAUGUAUAUGAAGGCAUUUAACUUACAGCACAUUGUGUGCAAGUAAAUGCUUCAAUAAAAGAAGUAUGAUGUGUUCAAUA